AUGGCACCGUCCCUCGAGGCCGCCGAGCCCGUCGAAGACGUGAUCGCGCACCCUCUCAAGCAAAAGCCGAAGCUCGUCGCCCCCGAGCCGGAGCACUGCCCCGGCCCUGAGUCGGAACAGGCGGGCCAGGCCGACUCGUGCGCCGGAUGUCCCAACCGGGAGAUAUGCGCGUCGGCGCCCAAGGGCCCGGACCCGGACGUGAAGGUCAUCUCGGCGCGGCUGGCCGGCGUGAGGCACAAGAUCCUGGUGCUGAGCGGCAAGGGCGGCGUCGGCAAGAGCACGCUCACCAGCAUGCUGGCGCACGCGUUCGCCGCUAACCCGGACAGCACGGUCGGCGUCAUGGACACGGACAUAUGCGGGCCCAGCAUCCCCAAGAUGCUGGGCGUCGAGUCGGAGACCAUCCACGUCAGCAACACGGGCUUGUCGCCCGUCUGGGCCUCGGACAACCUGUGCGUUAUGAGCAUACAGUUCAUGCUGCCGGGUAAGGACGACGCCAUCAUCUGGCGCGGCCCCAAGAAGAACGGCCUGAUAAAGCAGUUCCUCAAGGACGUCGAGUGGGGCGACCUCGAUUUCCUGCUGGUCGAUACCCCGCCGGGCACCAGCGACGAGCACCUGAGCGUGAACUCGUUCCUCAAGGAGAGCCACAUCGAUGGCGCCGUCAUGGUCACGACCCCGCAAGAGGUGGCGCUGCUCGACGUGCGCAAGGAGAUAGACUUCUGCAGGAAGGCCGGGAUCAGGAUCCUCGGCCUGGUGGAGAACCUGAGCGGCUUCGUGUGUCCAAAAUGCACCCACGAGAGCCAGAUAUUCGAGGCGACAACGGGGGGCGGGAGGGGCCUGGCCGAGGAGAUGGGCAUCCCGUUUCUGGGCGCGGUGCCGCUGGAUCCUCGCAUAGGGAUGGCUUGCGACUAUGGGGAGAGCUUCUUCGACUCGUUCCCAGACAGUCCUGCUUGCAAGGCGCUGAAGAACGUGGUGAGGGAGCUAUCUGGCCAGAUCGGCCUGGACGCAAAAGACGUCCUGCCAGAGCAAUAG